GGCUAUUUUUAUGAUCGUAAUGCCCAACAUUACGGGUGGUCUGGGAUAUCCGCCCAAACGUCGGUGGGAGAAGUGGCUACUACCACCGGCGGGCACAGCGAGUCUACUUGCUGUGUCGCCAGUGGCCACACCUCCGCUGUGAAGCGAGCGGUUCACAGCGGUUGUAGUGUUACCGCCAAAGCGACGCUACAGCGCAGGGGUGCCACAGUCCACGCAGACUCGGACCUCUAAAGCGGUGAGAGCGUUAACACACAAGAAGAGGAGGCCUUGCUACGCUCUCCGGGGGAUGCCAAAGGUGCUUGUUCGGCAUCAAAGAAAAGGCCUAGGGCAAAACCCAGUAAGGAGGGGUUGAAGGCUAAAGCCAUAUACAAGGCGGCGGUCAAAGUCCACGAGAGACUUAGCUGCAAGUCCAACCGGACGAAGGAAGAGGAGGAAAGGUUGGCUUGGGCUAAGGAGAAAAUGGAGGAAGGCCGGGCGUACUACGCGGCAAGGCCACGAUUCACUGCCACGGAUCCGGGAUUCGUUAACCGGAUAGAGGAAGGAAUCGCGGCUAAAAGGCAGCGGUCUGCUGAAAGCGAGACAGCAAGGCCAGCCAAAAAAUCGAGGCGCAGAGACGACGCUGCAAAGCCAAACGUCAGGCUCGAUCUAGAGAAACCGACUACAUCGAGAGCGGCGGCAAUGGCCAGUGAGAUAGCCAGAAGACACCUUAUCGUGGCACUCAUAGACCGGAGCAAUCCGUUGGGACAAAUCUCUCAGGAGCGCUGGGGAGCAGUAGAGCAUAAGCUGCUGGAUGCGCUCGUCGCAAAAAUGGAUGGGGACCCCACCACGACCAUGCCAACUUUCGAUGGUGCGGGGUGGCUAAAUGGGGUGAAAAUAAUAAGAUGUAAGGACGAUCCCUCUCUACUAUGGGUAAAGGAAGCUGUUGCGACGCUUCAAGGCCUGUGGGAGGGCGCCGUCUUGGAGGUUGUGGACCGCAGCUGCAUACCAUCCAUACCGAAAGCGAAGGUGCUCAUACCCCGCACGGUAAAACCGGAGAAUGCGCUGCGGCUUCUGCAGAGACAGAACCCAGACGUGCCGACGGGAGAUUGGAGGGUGUUAAAGGUCACCAACUCCUGUAAGGAGGAUGGCAGCCAAAAUUACAUCCUCCAAAUCAACAAGCCGGCCGAAGACAUACUGUACGCUAGGUUCGGGAAUAUGGCGUGGGGCAUAGGUAGCGUAUACCUUCGCCUGAAGAAGCGAAGCCUGGCCGAUAACAAUGCUAACACACUGGAGGAGCGAGAGGUCGAGAAGGAUCUGGGAGAGAUCCUGGAGGCCACCUUGAAGCUCCAGGAGACCGAGAAGGGUGAUCCGGAGAUUCUACCCGACCCCGAAAAGAAUCCUGAAGGUUCUUCAAAUAAAUCUGCAUAAAAGCAAGGUCGCCUCUGCCGAGCUCCUCCUCAAUUUAGAGAGGAUCGGCUACGAUGCGGCAUUAGUCCACGAGCCAUGGAUAGCGUCGGGAAACGUGGUAGCUGGACUAAAGUCGCAAACAUACUAUACGCACAUCCCGAGUGCAACAAACAGGGUAAGAACAGCUAUACUGGUAAAGAAAAGUAUACACUCUUAUAUUGAUCUUAAUUUCUCUUCAGAUGAUCUGACGGUGGUAGCUGUGAAGGAUGGCAAGGAUGACACAAUACUCCUUGCAUCUUGUUACAUGCCUCACGACGAGGAGGCGCCACCAAACGAGCUCCGGAGGUUGGUGGGAGAGGCCGAGAAGGCGAAACGCCCACUCAUCAUAGGCGCGGAUGCCAAUGCGCACAACACAGUAUGGGGGAGUGGAGAUACCAACGAAAGGGGUGAGUCUUUACUAAACUUUAUAUUAAUAAGUAAUUUAGAUAUAGCUAACCGGGGUGAGGAACCAACUUAUAUUGGCCCUACCUCGAAGAACGUCCUUGACAUAACACUCCACACUAGUGGGGGAAUCAGAGUACAGAAUUGGGAGGUGCUUAGUACACCCUCGUUCUCUGACCAUAGGUAUGUAGGAUUUCAGGUAAAAUUCUCAGCCCGUACAAAAAGCGAAACCUUCAGAUGGUUCUGCAGCGUCUGCACCAACCUGAUAAGACGCAACACAACAUCGGUUAGGUGCAACGCAUGCAACAACUGGUGCCACCUAAAGCGCUGCACAGGUCUAACGCACCACCGAGAAUGGAGUACUGGCUUCAUUGCAGCCUGUUGCCCAGCCGCACCACA